AUGCCAUUGCCAAGAAUUGCGGAUUUGAACGAGAUGAUCAAUACACGACAGAAGGCCGACCCCCAAAAAAUGGUUCAAAUCUGGCAAGUGGUACGUCCGGAGCUUCCGUUUGAUUACUAUGCAAAGAAGUACAAAUUUUGUGGAUGUUCACAUGUGAAGAUAGCAGCAUGUACGGUCCUUUUCGUGUCUCUAGGCAUGUUGGUCUACCGAAUCAUCGCCACGAUUUGGUCUGGAUGGGCGAUCAUGCAAAUAAUCAUGCUACCAAUCGAGGUGAUCGCUUUGAUUGCUCUAUUCAUCGGAUUAAAAGCCGAGCAUCCGACUGCACUUCUACCAUAUCUGCUAGCAAAAGCUUUAAUGAUAACUUUCUAUGCGUAUUAUGCGAUUCGUUACGCAAUCACAGCAAUUAAUACCGACAGCGAGAUGGGAUAUGGAAAAGAGUUGAAAACAAAAAAGGAUCACACGAUUGAAGUCUUCCAUACACAAAUGUCCGUCGAAAGCGCGUCAAUCUUCAUGACGAUCUCGUGUCUUGUGCGGGUGGUUGUUUACUCGAUUUUCUUCUACAUUGUCUACAAAUGUCGUCACUAUUUCGUUGAUUUGCAGCGAGCAAAACGCGAAAAAGAGCCGACAGUCACUUACUUCUCGAAUCAAACCUUUGCU